UUCUCCUUCUACGAUUACCGUCAUCAUGGCAGACAUACGGAUAUCAGCCUUCAUUGCGGUAACGUCCGUCGUUUUCCUAGCGACCGCAUAUUCUGUCAUCCUAUGGACACCUAUAUCGACACCUCGGAUCCUCUACUUUCUCAUCUUCCUCACCCCUUGGGCCAGUCCAUCUAUUGGGCAACCAAGUCCAACUUUUUGAACGUGUAUUUUAUCAAGUACGCUUGGGGAUGGACGUCUGCUGCGUUUCUUUUUUUGUGGGCUACCAGCAGCCCAGACACGAGGACAGCUUCCCGGAUGCUCAAAUGGGUUACCGAGACGGCGGCAUGGCUCACAAUGACGGUCCCUCAUGACUUUUGCUUCACCAAGUCGACUUUGACAUCUGCCGAGACCCACCUAUUCUCUGCGUCAUUCGUUGCCCCUCCAGGGUGGGAAGGGAAGCCGAGAUUGAGGAAGGGCCAUGAUGUUUCUGGCCACAUCUUUCUCCUAACCAUGUCCGUCCUUUUCCUGGCCGACCAACUUCGCCCAUCCCUUCGUCAUUCGUUUGCCCACUGGUCUACAAUACACAAAUGCGCCGUCGCGGCAAACAUAGCCCUAAUUGCGACAUGGCUUUUCGCUAGUGCUACAACGAGUGUUUAUUUCCACUCGCCUUUUGAGAAAUUUACGGGAUGUGUACUUGGCGUAAUAACAUUUGGUAUCACCCAAAUACCAUCUCUGAUGAAGGCGAAUACGAAGGACGACUAGCGCAGUGGAUACCAGCAAUAAUGUCUAUAGAUUCGUUAUCAAUGCCCGCAUUCGCCGUACAAAUACGAAGGCCAUAUAAUACUAAGGG